AUGUCGUGUCUGGCAUCGUGCUGUGCGUCGAUGACGUGCGGGCUCUGUUCAUCGGUGGCAUCUGGCAUCACAAAACGCUCUGCUAGAAUCGCUUACUGCGCCCUCUUUGGUUUUUCUCUAAUUGUUUCUUGGAUUCUCAGAGAGGUCGCUGCGCCUCUUCUCAAACACUUCUCUUGGAUAAAUACUUCAGAUAACGUGUCGAAUGAAUGGUUCCAGAUCCAGGCUGUUCUUCGUGUCAGCUUGGGGAACUUCUUGUUUUUCGGAGUAUUAGCAGUUAUAAUGAUUGGGAUCAAAGAUCAAAAUGACAGACGUGAUUCUUGGCAUCAUGGUGGAUGGGUUGUUAAGAUGCUCGUUUGGGCUUUGCUAGUCAUCCUCAUGUUUUUCCUACCCAAUGUCAUCAUAACAGUGUAUGGAGUACUUUCAACAUUUGGUGCUGGGUUGUUCUUGUUGGUCCAAGUCAUAAUACUGUUAGAUGCCACACAUUCAUGGAACGAUUCAUGGGUUGCUAAAGAUGAGCAAAAGUGGUACAUCGCCUUGCUUGCUGUAUCAGUAGCAUGUUAUAUUGCAACAUUUACGUUUUCUGGGUUACUGUUCAUAUGGUUCAAUCCGUCCGGGCAUGACUGUGGACUCAAUGUGUUUUUCCUUGUGAUGACCAUGAUUCUUGCAUUCCUUUUUGCUGUCGUUGCUUUACAUCCCAAGGUUAAUGGCAGCCUCUUGCCUGCAUCUGUGAUAUCCGUGUAUUGCGCUUACGUGUGUUAUACGGGUCUCUCUAGCGAACCUCGAGAUUACGUUUGCAAUGCCCUUCACAACAAGUCCAAAGCCGUAACAACGAGCACCCUCGUUCUUGGGAUGCUUACUACAGUCCUUUCAGUUCUGUAUUCCGCUCUUCGUGCAGGCUCCUCAACCACCUUUCUGUCCCCUCCAUCUUCCCCUAGAGCAGGUGGUGAUAAGAAACCCCUUUUAGAGUCGGACGAGCUUGAAUCAGGUAAAGGAAAGGAGAUAAUAGCGCGUCCGGUCAGCUACUCUUACACGUUCUUCCAUCUGAUAUUUGCUCUAGCAAGCAUGUACUCAGCCAUGCUUUUGUCUGGUUGGACGAGUAAUUCUGAUAACCCGGACCUCAUUGACGUGGGCUGGACCUCUGUUUGGGUCCGCAUAUGCACCGAGUGGGUCACGGCAGGGCUCUACCUUUGGUCUCUUGUGGCUCCUCUGAUCUUGCCUGAUCGUGAAUUCUAG